UUUACAUCUUUGUUGUUGUUUUUUUUUUAAACAUACAAUUUGAAGUCUUCCUUCUGCUUUAGGAUGGAUGCUAUUUUUGUGUCUCUGUCCACUUGGAUUCUGCUCUCUGUUCUUUUGUUGGAUUUAUCCUCGGGUCAGAUCGUGUAUUCGGUCUCGGAGGAAGUAAACGAGGGAACCGUUGUUGGGAAUGUAGCAAAGGAUCUGCACAUCAGCGUUCAGGAUCUAGAGACUCGAAUGUUUCAGAUGAUUUCCGCAUCUAACAAAAAGUAUUUUGAGGUCAAUCUGAAGACCGGGGCGUUGUUUGUUAAUGAAAGGAUUGAUCGAGAGGCGUUGUGCUCCACAGCUCGCAAAUGUUCCGUCCAUAUAGAGGCUAUGGUUCACAACCCGCUAAGGAUGUUUCGUAUUGAGGUAAAUAUAUUAGACAUAAACGAUAAUGUUCCGUCUUUUCCUAGCAGUAGCCAGAUACUGAACAUAACGGAGGUUUCUGCACCUGGAGAGAAAUUCGCAUUGUCUUUGGCUGAGGAUCCAGACACGGAAAGCAAUUCAGUGAAAACCUAUAAAUUAACCCCUAAUGAACACUUUUCUUUAGAUGUACAAAAUGGGGAGGAGAUGAUCUCCGUCGAGCUAGUGUUACAGAAAGCUUUAGAUCGAGAAACGCAGCCAGUGAUUCAUAUGGCCCUACUGCUUUUGAUGGAGGAAAACCUCCGAUGUCUGGGACAUUAGAGAUCGUUGUAAAUGUUUUGGAUUUUAACGAUAACCCCCCAGUUUUCAGUCAACCGCUUUACAAAGUUAAAGUGAAUGAGAAUUCCGCUUUUGGCACGCAGGUCAUUUCCCUUUCAGCAACAGAUUUAGA